AAGGUUUAAAAUGUCGAUCCUCAUUCGAGUGAGAUCUUCAAAUGGUACGGAAAGAAUAUCCAUCGAUCCCGCAGUGCCCUUUUCUGACUUGGCAAAAUUGUUGAGUGAAAAGUGUGAUGUUCCAUUGGACCAACUUUUUGUUUAUCGUGACUUGAAAGAUAAGAACCCGCUUGGGAACUCCAAAACUCGCCAGACAUUGAAAACUUUGCGUUUGAAUCAUGGUGACAUGUUGUUCAUCAAAUCUAGAGUUGAAACCCCAGAUUCAGCGACUUCCUCCACGGUUCCGUCGGUUGCUUCCACAGACAGCCCUGUGCCCUCUCUAAGCAGUAUCAAUCUUGAUGAUGUUGACAGCAAGCUUUCUAAAAGUGACGGUUUGAUCGGCAGGAAACUUAAUCCCCAGCUCUGCAAUCACAACGAGAAUGGACGAUGUGUACACUGUAGCCCUCUCGAGCCUUAUGAUGAUGACUACCUGAAAGAAAAUAAAAUCAAGCACAUGUCAUAUUAUUCGUACCUCAAGAAGCGGAAAUCUGGUUCUAACGGCAAGUUUGUGCAAAUGGAGGAUAUUGACUGUAAGAUCAAGCCAGGGUGUUUGAAACAUCCGCCUUGGCCUGAAGGUAUUUGCACCCAGUGCCAACCCCAAGCUGUUACUCUCAACCAGCAAGAGUACAGGCACAGCGAUUUUGUCGAGUUUGAAUCAGCUGAUAUUGUCGAGAAUUUCAUUAGCUAUUGGAGAGAAACUGGUUUACAGAGAGUUGGGUUUUUGUAUGGUCGAUAUGACGUGGAACCACAUGUCCCGCUAGGUAUCAAGUCUGUUGUUGGUUUCAUAUAUGAGCCUCCACAGAACAAUGAUCAAAAAUCUAUUGAGUUGCUGGACGAUCCUUAUCAUUGUGUAGUUGAUGAAAUUGCCAAGCUACUGGGACUUCAUUGUGUUGGGUGGAUAUUCACUGAUUUACAAGCUCUAAGCAUAUCUGAUGGCACUGUGAAAAACCUUAGAAACGGCAAAACAUUUUACCUCUCUGCACAAGAAUGCAUACAUGCUGCAUAUUUUCAAAACAAGUAUCCAUCUCCUUCCCGAUUGAGUCAGUCUGGAAAGUUUGGAUCUAAGUUUGUCACGAUAUGCAUAUCUGGAAACGAAAGCAACACUAUUGAGAUGUUUGCAUAUCAGGUAUCUAACCAGUGUAUGGCAUUAGUCAGAGAUAAUAUUCUACUUCCAGCAAGAGAACACCCUGGCCUUGCGUAUGUCAAGCUAUCUUCGGAGGAACAGUAUGUUCCUGAUGUUUUCUUCCGUGAGAAAGACGAAUACGGGAACAUUGUAACGAAGGAGGCCAGGCCUUUACCAGUUGAGUAUCUACUGUUGCAACUUCCGACUGGAACUCCUAAAGAUGGACACAAGCCCCUGCUGCCUGGUGGUGUGGCACCCCCUAAGUUCCCUGUUGUAAACAGAGAGUCUCUGGAUAUGGAAGUGUUUAAGAAGUAUUACAGAGAACAACCUGACGAAUACUUUUUGGAGAGUCUGUCCGAUAUCAACGUGCUCUUCUUCUUGCAUACCAAUGAUACACUGAAUUUCCAGGAUAGUCUGGCUGAACUUUGUACGGCAAUUGUCAAGGUGGACAGAGAUGCGGGCCAAGCUUUCAAGGAGAGUCCAACCUGGGCUACUCUGGAGCAAAUACUGGCGGUGGAUACUAAUCUGACUGCGAGUAACGGAAGUACUUGGUCGUGUAGUAUCUGUACUUUAAUCAAUAAUUCUGACAAGACGCUCUGUGAAGCUUGUGGAACCCCUAAAUCGUAGUGAUAUUUCAAAUCUGCUGGCCAGUGCUCUUGGAAGUUAUGUUACAGUAUUUAUGGGGAAGCUGUUAUUGGUUUUUCUUUGUAUUAUUUCGGGUGUGAAAAUGUUCCCCAGGUAGUCAAUCCAAUACAGUUAGAAGUUGUUUUUCAUUACAACAGCUAGAUUAUGAUACAGGGAAUAGGGACAUAAUUGAUCUUUAUGGAAUUUGAGGGGAUUAAUAUUUAACAACAUGAUCAUUGAAAAUUGUUCAAAUACUCAGGUGUCAGAAAAGUAACACUUUUUCUAUUAAUGUUAAAUUAUAUAUCUGGUAGCUGCUUAUAUUUCAUCAUUUAUACUCUGAAUAUCGAAGGAGUAAGAAUGCAUGAUGUAUAAGAACGCCUUAAUGGGUUUAAUAAAACUGGGAAAACUUAUUUCAGGAAGUUUUUAUAGUUACCAGUUUUUCCUGGUCAUAUUGCUUAACUUUUAGUGCAUUUUAAAUAGAAUAUCAAGGGAAGAAAUCAAACGCGUUUUAGUGUAAAAUAAUAUAUCAUCUGUAAUCAUGCUUAUUUCAUGGGAAAAAUGCAAAGAUAAAGAGUAGAUGAUAAGAUAAGAAAAUCGGUGAUCAUUAUUACUACAAAAACUUCAGUUGUAUUGUUAAAUGCUAUUUUUCAUUUGUAAUUUGUAACUUGCAAUAUGUUUUUAAUUGAAUAGUUGGGUAUGAAAACUA